AUGUGUGAGUGCGAGGGAGACGAGGAGCAGCGGCGAAAGACACCUAUCCCACAACCUCAAAUCGAUGAAUCCACGCUCAUAGCUAUGCAGCAGCACAUGGCACAGCAGGCCGCCUUUUCCCAGAUUCCUGAUGUCGUCAAAGGGUUUAUCGUUCACUUCCACCAAGCUGUUCUGGAAAAUAACCUCGCAGAGAUUACCGUCGCAUAUGAGAGCGGAUGGAACAAAUAUACUGAACAAUUCUACUCGAGAACGGAAUGGCCAGAGGCAGAGUUGAUUGCUCCCCUCGUCAAUGACGAUCCCAUAUUCCUUAUCCUCUACCGCGAACUUUAUUACCGCCACGUCUACUCACGCCUCCAACCUAACAUCGACGAUCGCUUCCAUUCAUACGAAAACAGCUGCGAGCUCUUCAACUACCUCUUAAACUCCGAGGGCCCAGUUCAACUUGAAUUGCCUGAACAAUGGCUUUGGGAUAUCAUUGACGAAUUUAUUUACCAAUAUCAAGUCUUCUGCACCUGGCGCUCAAAAGUCAAGUCAAAAACAGACGACGAACUCCAGAUGUUGGCAGAGGGUGGCCCAGUCUGGAGCUCUUACAGCGUCCUCAACGUCCUAUACUCACUCAUGCAGAAAUCCAAAAUUAACGAGUAUAUCGUUGCACAAAGAGAGGGUAAAUCCCCAGAAGAAAUUGCCGAGAUCGUUGGCGAGUACGGCCAACGACCGUUAUACCGGAUGUUGGGUUAUUUCAGCAUCAUUGGCCUUCUCCGCGUGCACGUCCUCCUUGGAGACUAUACCCUUGCACUGAAGGUCAUGGAGAAUGUUGAACUCAACCAAAAGUCACCUUUCACCCGUGUGACAGCUUGCCAUGUCGCCACAUACUACUACGUUGGAUUCUGCUACAUCAUGCUCCGCCGUUACCCCGAUGCCAUUCGCACAUACGUGACGAUCUUGAACUUCAUCAUGCGCAUGCGACAAUACCAUACCAGGAGUUACCAGUACGAUCAGAUCAGCAAGACUGCUGAUAGGAUGUAUGCGUUGUUCGCUGUAUGCCAUGCCCUUUCGCCCAGCAGGUUAGAUGACAACAUUGCCAAUACAGCCAAGGAACGGUAUGGGGAACAAUAUGCGAAAAUGAUACGCGGAGGCGAGGAAGCUCUCCCCGCAUAUGAAGAACUCUUCCUCUACGCAUGCCCAAAGUUCAUCACUGCAAACCCACCGCCGUACGACAACCCCAUCGCAAUGAACGCCUUCCUAUCCCUGACCUCCCCGCUCGAAUCCCCAACGUCCGCCCAGCCCUCCUCGACAGACGCAACCCACCGCCACCUAAGCCUCUUCCUCGCAGACGUCGCGGCGCAGUCGCCCGUACCUACGCUGAGGAGCUUCUUGAAGCUGUACACGAGCCUGGGGGCAAAGAAGCUCGCAAAUUUCUUGGAUGCGGACGAGGAGGAGAUGGUGCAGGAGAUGAUGGUUGUUAAGCAGGCUAGUAGGAGUGUGAGCCGCGCUGGGACGGAGGGGACGGGGUUGUUGGAUGGGCAGACGAUUACGACGAGUGAUUUGAAUUUUGUUAUUGAUGAGAAUAUGGUGCAUAUCGUUGAAUCGACGGUGGGCAGACGGUAUGCGGGGUGGUUCAUUAAGAAUACGGAGAGGACGCAGAAGAUCUUUGAUGAUCUCCGGAGCAUGCCUCUGCCAACCCCGCCAAAGUCUGCUGUGGCUGCUGCGCAGACUGCUCAAGCGACGGGCGCGGAUAAACAGAAAGGGACGAGGACGGGCGGUCAGAAGGUUGCUUGGGGUGGUGUCAAGGUUGCUUGA